UUGCACGAGUUCAAGGACUGUAUUCUACCAUGCUGACAACGAUGCGGUUUUCUACUAGGAGGCCGUGUUCGAGUCGGAUGCUGGCAACCCCAGCUGGUGAUAUAAUGAAGAACGGGAAGAGUGCAUCACGUCUGCGGGAGAAGAUUGAGGAACUCGAAUAGACUCGGCGGCGAGACUAGAAGUAGUACUCCUAUAAGUUAGAUCGGCGAGAUCUGCGACUGAAUAAUCCUCUCCGAUGGCGGCGGCAUCCGUAAGGUUUGCUGCGAGGAAGAUCUUCGGUCGCGCCCUUGAGCGACCACAGGCGUUCUUUUACCACGGCCGCUUCAGCGGCCGUCAAGGAGGAGAUGAGGCGGGUGCGGCCAAGGUUUGGCCAUGGCGGGGGUUCACUUCGCCGGUUCACCUCCUCCUCAUCACCAAACGUUCCUAAUGAUAAGCAUGUAGGCAAAUCUGGUCCCCCAAGUGCCCCCCCAAGCGAGCCCUUGCCGCCUGAUUCGACUGAGUUAAUCGGUAAUCUUCACCCUGACACUCUAGUGAUGGUCCCUAUAUCACUUGGUACAUGGUCAGCAAGCAACCCCCGGAUUUUAUUCAAUUUUCUCAAACUAGCUGUUGGGACGACUGUGUUUUGCGCUGCAGCAGUCUACUUGGAGGUCAAGUAUAUACGUGAAAGGCAAGCAGCAUCAAAAGAACAAAAGGAUGAUUGAGUGUCAGAUGUGUCUUUAGUUUCCGUGAGCAAUCGUUAUUAUGAUUGCUAUGUCUCGUAGCUUGUAUCUGUAUCGACUUUGUGUAAGUAUGCAAUGCUCGUGGCGAUUUACGACAUUUUCUCGGCA